AAAAACUUGGAGGGCUAUGUGGGCUUCGCAAAUCUUCCCAACCAAGUGUACAGGAAGUCUGUGAAGCGAGGCUUUGAAUUCACACUCAUGGUUGUGGGGGAAUCUGGGCUUGGGAAGUCGACGCUGAUCAACUCUCUCUUCCUGACUGACUUGUACUCCCCUGAAUACCCUGGUCCCUCCCACAGAAUCAAAAAGACUGUACAGGUAGAGCAGUCUAAAGUUCUGAUCAAGGAAGGUGGAGUCCAACUCCUGCUCACCAUCGUAGAUACCCCAGGAUUCGGUGAUGCCGUUGACAACAGUAACUGCUGGCAGCCCGUCAUCGAUCACAUUGACAGCAAGUUUGAAGAUUACCUCAACGCUGAGUCACGGGUGAACAGACGUCAGAUGCCUGACAACAGAGUGCACUGCUGCCUCUACUUUAUCGCUCCCUCAGGACAUGGACUCAAACCUCUUGAUAUUGAGUUCAUGAAGCGGUUACAUGAAAAAGUGAACAUCAUUCCCCUCAUCGCCAAAGCUGACACAAUGACUCCAGAGGAGUGCCAACAGUUCAAGAAACAGAUCAUGAGGGAAAUCCAGGAGCACAAAAUCAAAAUCUACGAGUUCCCAGAGACGGACGAUGAAGAGGAGAUGAAGCUGGUUAAGAAGAUCAAGGAUCGUUUACCCUUGGCCGUUGUUGGCAGCAACACCAUUAUCGAGGUCGACGGAAAGCGUGUGCGGGGAAGACAGUACCCCUGGGGCGUGGCUGAAGUGGAAAAUGGAGAGCACUGUGAUUUUACUAUCCUUCGAAACAUGCUCAUCAGAACCCACAUGCAGGACCUGAAAGAUGUGACUAACAACGUUCACUAUGAGAAUUACCGCAGCAGGAAGCUGGCUGCAGUCACCUACAAUGGAGUAGAUAAUAACAAGAACAAGGGACAACUAACUAAACUUGAUACAGUUGAAGGCAUGAGUCCCCUGGCCCAGAUGGAAGAGGAAAGAAGAGAGCAUGUUGCUAAGAUGAAGAAGAUGGAGAUGGAGAUGGAGCAGGUGUUUGAGAUGAAGGUCAAGGAGAAGAUCCAGAAACUGAAAGACUCUGAAGCAGAGCUUCAGCGACGUCACGAGCAGAUGAAAAAGAACUUGGAGGCACAACACAGGGAGCUGGAGGAGAAGAGACGUCAGCAUGAGGAGGAGAAGGCCAGUUGGGAGGCCCAGCAGAGGCUGCUGGAACAGCAGAAACUCGACGCCUCCAGGACCCUGGAAAAGAACAAGAAGAAGAAGAUCUUUUAAGAGUUUUGGAGGACCACCGCCGUGUUACAAUGUACUAGUUGCCAACCUGUCAGCCUGGAAGGUCAGUCGGCGGGGCCACCGCGUCAGCCGUUUGACCAGAUACUGCGUGAUUAAGUGGAAUCCACGAGUUUAGCGGAGGUGUCCUCCGCUGACGCUCACUGUCGUGGACUGGCUUGUCCCCCGUCUCAUGUCCUUUUCCUUCCUUUGUCUUCUUGCUUUCCCCCAAAGAACCAUUUCCCCAGUUUGAGUCCCAAGACGGACACACAAAGAUGGUUGUAGAAUCAGGCUUUCCUGGGUCACUGUUCACAAGUCAAAGCAUAGUUACACAGGACGCAGAGUCCGAGUCCCCGCCGCGGUGUGGCGGCGGCGGCGGCGGCACUGUGGGUUUUUCUCAACGCCAAAAGACCAAACGACCUAGUUCUCUCACUCAGCGCACAUCGGCUGACUGCUUAAGGCUGACGCUCACCUCAGGCAUUGUUUUUAUAAGUUUUAUUCAGUUAUUUAGUUACUCCCCCCCCCCCCCCAAAUAUUAUCCCCCCUCCACCUCCUGUAAUUUAAAUGCUAUAGCCAUGGACAGCAGUGUUUCACUUCCUGUACUGUGUCGUUACUGUGUGCUUUCUUUCUGUGUAUCGGCCCUACUUCUAGAAAUGGUAUGUUAAAUGUUGUUUACUAGCCAGGUUCCCCGGUCCGCUCUUGGAGGCCCCACAUGUGUUCCUAACUUCACUCAUGCUGAGUGGGACGACGGCGUUAAACCGAUGACGUCUGUUAGAUACCGCACACGUUAUUUUCAGACUGUUUGGGGAGAUUCCAUUUUCAGAACCCUUGUUUACUGUUUUUAGGUGGCUGACGCUUAACUGUAAAGGGCAUACAGAGCGGGGACCCCGGGGGCAGGAUGUGGGUGGGAUGGGAGGCUGGAAGUGACCCGUAAACGUUGGAACAGCGGUGGGCUCUGCUAAGACAGACCCCGUACGAGGUCGCCACCCUGAGUAUGUUGCACUUCCACCGAAGCCGGCUGUCCUCGCAUCACAUUUAGCUCUUGUUUGUGUUCUGCAUCUGAAUUAUGUUAUGUCUUUUAUUUUGUUUUUAUUGUAAAAAGUCACAUAAUAAAACUGUGA